UUUACAAUUGUUUGGCCGUGUCAGCUUUGCAUGCUGUCGCGGCCAAUUUGGUGUAAUAAACCUCUCUCUUUGUUUCAUUUUUGUUUCGGGCAAAAGAAAAGAGAGAAGUUUAUUAUUUUGUUUUUUGUUUUGCUUUUAAGGUAUUCUUUUUCCAUCUUUUAGGAUUUAGAUAAGAAAUUUUUUGGUGUUUUUUUAUAGUAAUUAUCCAAAAAAAAAUGAUGAAAUACAACGGAUUAGAGGCGACAACAAAGGUCGUCACACGUUCACUGUCCUCACCGUUAUGUGACUCGAAAACAGAACAGUUGCAACGAAUGCGAUUAAAGCCACCGCCAUUGAUGAUUGACAAGAAAUUUCUAUACAAGCAAUUGUCCAUGUUCGAGACCUCUAGGGACAUUGCUUGGGAAAGAAGGCGACGACAGAUUCUUCGUCAAGAGAGAAAAAAAGAAGGGAUUAUCGUGAGUGAAAAUGGGUUGACAGAUGAAGAUUUGUAUGAACUUAAAGGGUGCAUAGAACUAGGGUUCGGAUUCAAUGAAGAAGCAGCUCAAAAGCUAUGCAACACAUUGCCAGCUCUAGACCUUUAUUUUGCUGUAAACCGACAGCUUUCACCACUUCCAUCCCCUCAAAGCCAAAGUUGUUCACCAUCACCUCCCUCAGUUGGUUACAUACCACCAUGUGUUGAAAGCCCUAGAAGUGAGCUAGAUUGGAAAAUUUACAUCUCAGGAGAUAAUCCUCAGCAAGUGAAGACUAAGCUAAGGCAUUGGGCACAAGCUGUGGCAUGUUCUUUGAUGCAGUCAUGUUGAAGUGUACAUGCAUGGUUUGGUAUAGAGGCAAAGGAUCUAAGGGAAAAGAAAUUUUAGAGUAAGGAGAAAAAAGAUAGUAAGAGAGGGUCUAAGGUUCCCAUUUUCUUAUUAUUAUACAUCCAAUUUUGGCUGAGAUCCAAUUUUGUUUUGUUUGAGAUCACUUAGAGGGAUUCAAUUUAAAUAAACAAAUUCCA